UUCGUCUUCUGUCUCUCUCUCUCUCUCUCUCUGUUCUCCAUUUUUUUCUCCUUCCCUGAUCUCUCUCAUCCUCUGCUUAACUAUCAAUUGUUAUUUCCCAAAUCUUUUAAACAAAUCUCAAAUUCUUCAAAGUUUAUGCUUCUCUUCCUAUUAGAGAAUGAUCUUGUUCUUCUAGUUAAUAAUGGAUCUAUCAGCUCGUCGUAAUAUCCUCCGGGAUCUGAACUUUACUCCGCCGCCACCACCACCACCAAUGACUGUUUUCCACCGUGUGAGCUCGACGGGGACGAACUUUCCGAUCAUAGCCGUCGCCGUGAUUGGAAUCUUAGCCACAGCUUUCGUACUUGUAAGCUAUUACGUUUUCGUUAUCAAAUGCUGUCUGAAUUGGCAUCGAAUCGACAUUCUUGGUAGAUUCUCAUUAUCCCGACGGCAACGCAACGACCAUGGUCCUAUAAUGCUUUACACUCCGAGGAUAAACCGCGGUCUCGAUGAAUCCGUCAUUAGAGCAAUCCCUAUUUUAAAAUUCAAGAAGAGGAGAGAUGGAGACAGUCGAAACGACCACGUUUUCACAGAAGGAGAAGAGAAUACUUCUCAAGAGUGCUCUGUUUGUUUGAAUGAGUUUCAAGAAGAGGAGAAGCUGAGGAUUAUCCCAAACUGUAGUCAUUUGUUUCAUAUCGACUGCAUCGAUAUUUGGCUUCAGAACAAUGCCAAUUGCCCUCUGUGUAGAACUGGGGUUUCUUGCGACGCAAGUUUUCCUCCCGCUCCGGUUUCUGCUCAAAGUACUUCCCUAGAUAAUGCAGUUUUGGGGUCAGACACUGUCAUGGUUAGAGGCGAGAAUGAGUAUGUAGUCAUUGAGCUAGGUCUAGGGAACAGUAACAGAAGCAAUAGUGACCGAGAUAGUCCAAGAAACGGAAGGGUACGUGUGGUACAAGAAAGAUCGAAUUCAGGUCACCUACUGAACCAAAACCCACAAAAUUCGAUCAGUCAAUCUCCUAGGAAGCUUAACCGAGGAGAGUUUCAGAGAAAAGGAAGAAAACUUCACAAAGUCACCAGUAUGGGAGACGAAUGUAUCGACAUUAGAAGAGACAAAGACGAGCAGUUUGGUAGUGUUCAACCCAUCAGAAGAUCGAUCUCGAUGGAUUCGUCUGCAGAUAGACAGCUGUAUUUGGCUGUUCAAGAGGCGAUUAUCCGGAAAAACCAGGAAAUUCCGGUGGUCGGAGAAGGAGGAGAGUGUAGCAGUAGUAGCGGCAACGUUAGUAGUAACAAAAUGAAGAGAUCCUUCUUCUCUUUUGGGAGUAGUAGACGUUCUAGAAGUUCUUCCAUAUUGCCUCUUUAUUUUGAACCCUAAUGGAACACUUUGGUUCUUUGUUUUCUUGUUUCUUCCUAACAUUUGCUUUUUAUUUUUAUUGUUUGGUCGGUGAGGUAGGUGAAAAAUACAGGCCUGGUUUUGGA